AUGCGCCGCCGGCGCCACGCGCCCCGCGGGGCGGGGGGGCUGGGAAUCGGAGUCUUUCUUCGCCGGCGCUGGCUCCGCUUCCUGCCCUCCCUCCUCCCUCGCCUCGCGGGAAGGCGUCCCCUCACCCUCGCGGAGACUCGCGGUGGCCUCCCGGGCACACGCCGGCUCGCACGGGGAGCUCAGGGACUGAGGCGCCACCUGCGCGCACCACGCGCGAAACGCGCGGACGGGAUACCCCAGAAAGUUCUGCCUUCCGCGGCGCACUGCCCUAGCCGACCUUCCGUAGUUGGAGAACAUCAAUUGACAGGCCAUAAAGUGGCAGUUAAAAUCUUAAAUAGACAGAAGAUUCGCAGUUUAGAUGUUGUUGGAAAGAUAAAACGAGAAAUUCAAAAUCUAAAACUCUUUCGUCAUCCUCAUAUUAUCAAACUAUACCAGGUGAUCAGCACUCCCACAGAUUUUUUUAUGGUAAUGGAAUAUGUGUCUGGAGGUGAAUUAUUUGACUACAUCUGUAAACAUGGACGGGUUGAAGAGAUGGAAGCCAGGAGGCUCUUUCAGCAGAUUCUGUCUGCGGUGGAUUACUGUCACAGGCACAUGGUUGUUCAUCGAGACCUGAAACCAGAGAACGUGCUAUUGGAUGCACACAUGAAUGCCAAGAUAGCUGAUUUUGGAUUAUCUAAUAUGAUGUCAGAUGGUGAGUUUCUGCGAACUAGUUGUGGAUCUCCAAAUUAUGCAGCACCUGAAGUCAUCUCAGGCAGAUUGUAUGCGGGUCCUGAAGUUGAUAUCUGGAGCUGUGGUGUUAUCUUGUAUGCUCUUCUUUGUGGCACCCUCCCAUUUGAUGAUGAACAUGUACCUACAUUAUUUAAGAAGAUCCGAGGGGGUGUUUUUUAUAUCCCAGAAUAUCUCAAUCGUUCUGUUGCCACUCUCCUGAUGCAUAUGCUGCAGGUAGACCCCCUGAAACGAGCCACUAUCAAAGACAUAAGAGAACAUGAAUGGUUUAAACAAGAUUUGCCCAGUUACUUAUUUCCUGAAGACCCCUCCUAUGAUGCUAACAUCAUUGAUGAUGAAGCUGUGAAAGAAGUGUGUGAAAAAUUUGAGUGUACAGAAUCAGAAGUAAUGAACAGUUUAUAUAGUGGUGACCCUCAAGACCAGCUUGCAGUGGCUUAUCAUCUUAUCAUUGACAAUAGGAGAAUAAUGAACCAAGCCAGUGAGUUCUACCUCGCCUCUAGUCCUCCAACUGGUUCUUUUAUGGAUGAUAGUGCCAUGCAUAUCCCGCCAGGCCUGAAACCCCAUCCAGAAAGGAUGCCACCUCUUAUAGCAGAUAGCCCCAAAGCGAGAUGUCCAUUGGAUGCACUGAAUACAACUAAGCCCAAAUCAUUAGCUGUGAAAAAAGCCAAGUGGCAUCUUGGGAUCCGAAGUCAGAGCAAACCAUAUGACAUUAUGGCUGAAGUUUACCGAGCAAUGAAGCAGCUGGAUUUUGAAUGGAAGGUAGUAAAUGCAUACCAUCUUCGUGUAAGAAGAAAAAAUCCAGUGACUGGCAAUUAUGUGAAAAUGAGCUUACAACUUUAUCUGGUUGACAAUAGGAGCUAUCUUUUGGACUUUAAAAGCAUCGAUGAUGAGGUAGUGGAGCAGAGGUCUGGUUCCUCAACACCUCAGCGAUCCUGUUCUACUGCUGGUUUACACAGACCAAGAUCAAGUUUUGAUUCUACAACUGCAGAGAGCCAUUCACUUUCUGGCUCUCUCACUGGCUCUUUGACUGGAAGCACAUUAUCUUCAGUUUCACCUCGCCUGGGCAGUCACACCAUGGAUUUUUUUGAAAUGUGUGCCAGUCUGAUUACUACUUUAGCCCGUUGAUAAUUUGUUCCUAGUUUCUAUCCUAUUAUUGCACUGUGAAAAUCAGAUAUAUUCUUUAAAUUAUUAUCUUACUUCUGGAUAUCACAUAUUCUGCAAUACUAGUUCAGAGACAUGAAUAUUUCCAGGGGACACUCAAUGCCAUUGAAACUACUGAAAACAAAAAAAGUCUGACGUUUUAUUUACUUGUAGAAAUCUGUAAUUCUCUUGUGCCUGUGAUAAAUUCACACAGGCAGUAUCUUUAAUAGGUAAACACCAAUGAAAAUAGUUAAUUUACAGUGAGUUCACUAUAGAUGAUUAACACACCUCACUGAUGAACCAUCUCAAUCUAAGGAUGGUUUGGCAACACCUCCUUGCUUUACUGUUUAGUGUAGAUAAAUCCAGUUUACUUCCUAAAUUUCAGCAGUCUUUAGGCUGUGUUUACGCAUCCAAUUUUCUUGCACAAGAAGAUUGAAAAAUAAAACACCCAUAAGUAAGAUAUCAUUUAAAUGCUGAAAUGAUAAAAUUCUGCCCCCCAAAUUUCAGAAGCUAAGUUCUUCUAACAGUUUUUGCAAAUACUGCCUAAUGUUCAACAGAAGGGCUGUGGUUCUGUAACAGGGAACUACAGUUUCCAGGUUCCUUACAGCUGUAACCAACUCAGGGUUUUAUCUUGAGAUUUCCCUGCAUAAUAUACUUAUCUUAAGAGCCUUUGAGGUUCGACUUAGUAUUGGAAAAUCUGGGAUUGCAACAAUUUUUGUCUUUUCCAUAACUUACGUCAUUGUACAAUAUACC